AUUAUUUGUUCUUACAUAAAGAACUUCCCUAAUCUCACCCUUGCUUCUCCUCACCUGGGUUUAAACCAAUAAUCCAAAAAAAUGAAUCUUUUUCAGUUUCUUUCUUGCUUCUGUCUUGCCUACACUUUUGUUCCUGCAAUUGGCUCUACUCUGUUAUUCCAGGGAUUCAACUGGGAAUCAAACAAGCAGAAAGGUGGAUGGUACAACUCGCUUAUCAAUUCGAUCCCGGAUUUGGCUAAUGCUGGGAUAACUCAUGUUUGGUUGCCACCACCUUCCCACUCUGUAGAUGCCGAAGGGUAUAUGCCUGGAAGGCUAUAUGACUUGGAUGCAUCCAAGUAUGGAAAUAAGCAACAAUUGCAAGCACUGGUGGCGGCGCUUCACGACAAAGGGAUAAAGGCCGUGGCCGACAUAGUGAUAAACCACAGAUGUGCUGACAACAAAGACAGCAGGGGAAUUUACUGCAUCUUCGAAGGUGGCACGCCGGAUAACCGCCUGGACUGGGGUCCGGGCCAAAUCUGCAAAAACGACACGGAAUACUCCGACGGCACUGGCAAUGACGACACCGGCGAGGAUUUCGGCCCCGCCCCCGAUAUCGACCAUCUUAACCCCAGGGUACAGAAGGAGUUAUCGGAGUGGAUGAAUUGGCUCAAGUCUGAGAUUGGGUUUGCCGGCUGGAGAUUCAAUUUUGUCAGAGGAUAUGCAGCUAACAUUACCAAGAUUUACAUGGAGAAUACUACGCCGGAGUUCGCCGUCGGCCAGUUUUGGAGCUAUUUGGCUUAUGAUUCAGAUGGAAAACCGGCUUAUAACCAGGAUGAUCGCAGGAAUGAGUUAUCCCAGUGGGUGCAGAAUAGCGGUGGCGCUGUUACAGCGUUUGAUUUCACAACAAAAGGAAUUCUUCAACUUGCUGUGCUAGGUGAGCUCUGGAGAUUGAAGGAUCCCAACGGAAAGCCUCCGGGAUUGAUCGGAAUAUCGCCGGAAAAUGCUGUCACUUUUAUAGAUACUCAUGACACCAUAUCAACAGAUAACAAAUGGCCUUUUCCCGGGGAUAAAGUUAUUCAGGGAUAUGCUUACAUCCUCACCCACCCUGGAGUACCAUGUGUGUUCUAUGAUCAUUUCUUUGAUUGGGGAUUGAAGGAUGAGAUAUCAAAAUUGAUAUCAAUUAGGAAUAGCAAUGGGAUUAGUGAAACAAGCAGCGUGGAGAUUUUAGCUGCUGAUGCAAAUGUUUAUGUUGCAAAGAUUGAUGACAAAGUUAUAGUUAAGAUUGGGCCGAAGUAUGAUGUAGGAAAACUUAUUCCAUCCAAUUUUAACAUGGUAACAUUUGGACAGGAUUAUGCCGUGUGGGGCGCCGAGGCGUGGUAACAUCCGGCAAAGGUAUAAUGAAGAUUAGGCCAAAGCUAAGUACGAUGUAGGAAAAUUUAUUUCUCCCACAUAUUUUGUCUGAGUUAGAAUAUGUGAAGUAUUUGAGUUCAGAAUUUAAUUUUUGGGAGAAGAAUUAUUAUACAGUGUAGAAAAAAAAAAAGAGGCAAAUUUAAUUUCACGGAUCAUAAUCAACUCAAAUAAAUAUGUACCUUGUAGCCUUUCAAUUUCUUUUAGAAUAAUGGAUUAAUUUAUAUGGUUCUUUUUAAA